GCUGGUUAUGUUGGUGAGGAUGUGGAAUCUGUAUUGUACAAAUUACUCGAGGCUGCUGACUUCAAUGUUGAAGCAGCUCAGCAAGGGGUUGUCUAUAUAGAUGAAGUUGAUAAAAUAACUAAAAAGGCUGAGAGCCUGAACAUCGGCAGAGAUGUAUCUGGGGAGGGAGUCCAACAGGCGCUGCUGAAGAUGCUUGAAGGAACUAUUGUAAGUGUACCUGACAAUAGAGCACGGAAGCAGCCACGUGGCGAUACUAUUCAGAUUGAUACUAAAGACAUUCUUUUUAUCUGUGGUGGAGCUUUUGUUGGUUUAGAGAAGACAAUUUCAGAAAGACGACAAGAUUCUUCAAUUGGAUUUGGAGCACCUGUGCGAACUAACAUGAGAGUUGGUGGUCUAACUGAUGCUAUAGUCACGUCAUCACUGUUGGAAUCUGUAGAAAGUGACGAUCUCACAGCAUAUGGACUCAUACCUGAAUUUGUGGGGCGGUUUCCAGUUUUAGUGAGUUUAUCUUCACUGGAUGAGGAUCAGCUUGUUCAGGUUCUCACAGAACCCAAAAAUGCUCUUUGCAAGCAGUACAAGCAGAUGUUCAACUUGAAUAAUGUCAAAUUACAGUUUACCAAGAACGCACUUCGACUUAUUGCCAAGAAAGCCAUAGCCAAAAACACCGGUGCACGCGGUUUAAGAUCUAUAUUAGAAAGUAUUCUAACUGAAGCCAUGUUUGAGGUUCCUGGAAGCAAGCCAGGCGAGGACUUUGUAGAGGUUGUCUUGGUUGAUGAAGAGGCUGUUGGAACAGCUGAUAUAUCUGGAUGUGGAGCAAAAGUUCUUCAUCGUAGCAGUGUGCUGGAGCAUGCUUCUCGUCCUCCAGGAUCAACAGUGACAAUGGAAAAGAAGGAAGCAACAAAAGAAGACUUGGACUCGGAGUCUGAGGCUCCAUCAAGAGCCUUGAGCUUGUAAUUUCAGGGGUCUGUUUCUUUUCUAUUUUCUUUUUCUGUGUCAAUUCUUGUAUAUAAAGUAAUUAAACGUGCAAAGCCUGGUUGGGCUUCCUUCUUCUAAAGAGAAGGCUUUUGUAAACCUAGAUUUUUUUUUUGAACUCCCAACUGAGUUUAUAUAAGUUCGGCACAGCCUCUUCCCCUGGAUACCCGGCUUUAAUCCAUUUUGAAAUUCAGGAAGAUGCUAAAAGUGAUGCAGUUCUGUUGU